AUGAGCGACCCCGUGAAAUCCACCUCCGUCGUCGCAUUGCCAGCCACCUCUCGACCGGACCCUAUGAGCCGCGAGCACAAGGCACCUGCUGGGCCUCGUCCAGCCAACUUUUCUCCAACGCGACUGGGCAAAACCACCAACCCUCAGCCUCGACCACCUCUACCCUCGACGAAUCCUGGCUUUGCCUCUGACGAUCCAAUGCUCAGCGCAACUCCUUCCAAUAACCAUACUCUUUUUUCUUUCAGUAGUAGGGAUGGGGAAUCAAAUCAAUUAAACGAUUCGACUACGUCUUUCGACUUUUUGCCUUCCGUCAGUUUUGACGAUCUGCAGAGCAGUAUCGAAUCCGCUUCAACAGACUUCAAACUCACCCAAUUCCCGUCCCCCACCGGCGAAGGGGGCAUUCUCGAUCCCCACGGAGCAGAUGAUAGCAGCAUGUCUUCCCGGCCUCAAGUAGCUCCGCCUUCGAAUGGUGCUUCCACUCGUCCUGCUGUUCAUACGAAUACCAGACCCGCCCGAUCAAACUCACUGCUGCGCCGACCUAGUAACUCUACCAGACAGUUGAACAACACCACUGGCGUCUCAGUACAGACUGAAAUUGCCAACGGGCCAGGUACUGCACGCGCUCGCCGGCAGAGUCAGUACCCUCCUGUGUCUGGCACUAACGCCGCCAAACCUCCUCGGAAAUCAAUCGGCCCCGGAAUUAUUAGCGAUGGGGACUUUGGGUCUCGUCCUGCACAGAAGCGACGCCCCAGCCUGUAUUCUGAAGGAGCUCCCACGGGCUCGGCUAGGACUUCGAUGGACAAUAACUCGACAUGGCUGGAAAACACAACAAGGAACUUUUCCAAUUCGAGGGCAGCAAAGGCUAAAUCAGUGCAGCCGCCACCACGGGCGAAUCAAGGAAGCUUAGCUUUCGGAAACACUCUUACGCCGGAACAAAACAGACAUUCAACUCUUGCCCCACGAUCACCUCGUGUUGGAGGUCGAUUGAGCACACCGUCGUCCGCCAACAAGAGAGUCUCAAUGAUGCCUGGUGCUCAUCACUCGUCGCACGCAACUGGGCUUGGGGCAAGGACGAUCAGUCCUACUGACACAAGGAGGAUGAAGCCAGGCGACGACGACGAAUAUGUGCCUCCUGUCCCUGCCAUACCAAAAGCAUACGAGUCACCGAAGGACUCGCCUGCUGAUACCUACUUUAUGGAAAAGAAAAAGACUGCACUCAGCAACAUGGAUGCCAUGAGUGCGAAUUCAAACCCAACUGGGGUCAUAUCCAUGCCUGUCUUUCCUGAGCCUACGAAGCUGCAAAGAAAGCCAAGCGGUCCAAGGAGCUAUGUCCCAACUGUCGCCGCUGAACCUGAAAACAAGGCCACACCUCCUAGCAAGAGGCACCUGCAGCCAUUACGGCUACCGCCAAUUAAUCUGGGGCCCUUGAGCACGCCAACAGCUAACAAAAUUGCAGCCUUGCAGGAUCAAAAUACUGUAGAAAGACAUGAAACUCCCCCACCGCCUCGACAUUUGCCCAAGACACCAACGACCCCGAUGACAGCUUCUAAGAGCUCUUUCUUCGCCAAGACUCGCCACGGAGAUACUCCUGAGCUCCCAUCUUUGAGGAGUAGCAGCUCGGUUCAUCAUGCUCAUCUCACUCCCACACCCCCCGAUGCUAGCUCAACUGAGUCCUCGUUGGCUUUCAAGGACCUCGACCAUAAGCAAAGCAUGUCGCCCUUCCUGUCAUCUUCUCUGCCCAAGGGAGGUGCGGACCCCGGCCUUUUCAAGAGGUCAAAAACAGGUGCCGAUUUCAUGACAACGGACGCGAGUAUCUUCCAGGACCAGGUUCAUCAAAAACCUGCAGGCCCUCGAGCACCCAAGGAUGCCGAAUCUACCACAUCCAAGUCUCCUCCCCCCGAACCUACACCGGAAGAACCACAAACCCCCUCCUCUAUGAGCUCCAUUCGACGAAAGCUCAGCCUGUCUUGGAAGCGUGGAAAUUCCAAGAGUAACAGUACGGCCCCUGGUGACGGCGACAAGACCAAUGUCAAGCAGCCCGAAGAACCUAUGCCACCCCCCAGGAUUCCAAUCUCAGCUACCCUCAACAAUCUAUCCAAUGCCAAGCAAGCUAGCCCAUCACCUAACACGAAACAGCCUCCUGGCGGCUAUUUGGACACAAGAAGACGCAAGAGCUCAGGAGGAAGUCUUAAUGGGUUCAUUUCGCACGAUAAGACCAAGAGCGAAUCUUGGACUGCGAAGAAAUCUGUUCCUGACCUUUCAACCAUGCCUGUUGGCCGAAACACGUCUGUUAUGCAAAAGAUCCUCCGACCCAGGAAUUCCUCUGCUAUUGCAAAAGGACCUGACUCAUGGUCUGCUGAUCUUGACAAGGACGAUAUAUCAGCUGAAGAAGAAAUGGCCAAGUUGGGUUCUCGACGCAAGGAAACAGACGUUGCUGCUCGAACACUGGAUGCGCUCAGAAAGCGCGCGACGCCAAAGGAGCGAGUUGGUGCCCAUGAGGCCAUCCGUAUUGCUAUGCUCAACAUCUAUGAACGAGGCGAGAUUGUCGAUUACACAGAUGUCUUCUUCUGUGGAACUCAGAACGCCCACAAAGUGGUUGGUGAUCUUCAAUCAGAUGCACCCAACUUUGGCUACGAUGACGAGCGCGGAGACUACACCAUUGUGCCUGGAGAUCAUCUCGCAUACCGAUAUGAGAUCAUUGAUGUUCUCGGAAAGGGUAGUUUUGGACAGGUUGUUCGAUGCAUUGAUCACAAGACGGGCGGCUUGGUGGCCAUCAAGAUCAUCAGAAACAAGAAGAGAUUUCACCAACAGGCUCUGGUCGAGGUCAACAUCUUGCAAAAGCUUCGCGAAUGGGAUCCAAAGAACAAACACAGCAUGGUCAACUUCACACAAAGUUUCUAUUUCCGCGGCCACCUCUGUAUAUCCACCGAGCUGUUGGACAUGAACCUUUAUGAACUUAUCAAGGCGCACGCUUUCAGGGGAUUCUCGAUUAAGAUCAUCCGUCGCUUCACCAAACAGAUCCUCAGCUCACUCAACCUCCUGAAACAACAUAAAGUCAUUCAUUGUGAUCUCAAGCCCGAGAACAUCCUUUUGCGACAUCCUCUACACGCAGAGAUCAAGGUCAUCGACUUUGGUUCAAGCUGUUUUGAAAAUGAGAAGGUGUACACAUAUAUUCAGUCGCGGUUCUAUCGUUCGCCCGAGGUCAUUCUCGGCAUGACCUAUGGCAUGCCCAUCGAUAUGUGGAGUGUCGGCUGUAUUUUGGCAGAGCUAUAUACUGGAGUACCUAUUUUCCCUGGCGAGAACGAACAGGAGCAACUUGCUUGCAUUAUGGAGGUAUUUGGACCCCCUGAAAAACACUUGAUUGAGAAGAGCACCCGAAAGAAGCUUUUCUUCGAUUCAAUGGGCAAACCCCGCCUCACAGUGUCUUCCAAGGGUCGUAGACGCCGGCCUUCUUCCAAGACUCUGUCUCAAGUCCUCAAAUGUGACGACGAGGUAUUCUUGGACUUUUUGCAACGUUGCUUACGCUGGGACCCUGAACGACGACUCAAACCUGAAGAUGCGAUUCGGCACGAGUUUAUUACUGGGCGUAAGAUGCCUGUUCCUCGUAUGCCACCCACCCGGGAAUCGUCACCCAUGAAGCGACAUAACACCAUCUCCACUCCACGACCUCUUCCUGACCCUCCCGGAGCCGCUGCCAAACCCCUGGGAUCCUUACGGUCUGGAGCCAGCCCCCACAAACCAGUGUCUGGCCCUGUUCGUAAAGCCUCAGGACAGAUGGGACCCGCCAGCUCAAUGCCUGCUAAACGAACCAGUGCCGGUACUACUGGGCUCGCACAAGGAGCGAGCGGGUUACCUCGAGCUGCGGGCAGGAGCGUGAGUGCAAAGCAGGACCUGGCCGCUGCUGGUGCAACGGCUGCUAUGAGUAGACGAUCAUAG